AUGGUCGAUCCGACAAAAGACGACUCGUCCGCAGGAACGCGCGACAUCCGACAGCUUCCGAGAAGAAUAGGGUCCCCUUAUGAUUCUGCCCGACCUCACACAAGUGCACAGGAAAAUGUCUCGCGUCCGUCCACCCUUCUUCCUCCAUUGACCUCGACCACGUCCUCCACUUCAGCCAGCUCGCAUUUUUACUACCAGUCCCCGCAGCACUUUUUCCAGAGGAACACCCCGCCGUACUCCUCCAGUUAUAGUGAUCUACCCCACAGUAAAGGCUACAAUUACCUGCCACAAGCUCCGCCGCGCCGAUUAAGCUCAUCUAGAACCUCGAUUUUUCAGACACAGAUAAGCCCUGUGGAAUAUGCGCCGGCCGACCCAGGAGUCGACUUGUCGAUCUUUACAGAGGAAGACGCGGUCAUCUUGCGAAAUCUUCUUCCGCUGGCAGAGAUCCAUAAAUGGAAGUUCGUUGCAACCAAACUUUCAAAAAGAAGAUCGAAAAAGCUUAAUGCUGACUUCUGCAUCAAAAAAUUCCACGAGAUGUUCGAUCUCCCAUUUAACCCGGCUCACUCCCUGUUCAAUUCCCAGUACUUUCUGAGAGCAUCAGUGGGUACGGCCCAUUCUAAAAGAAAUCUUGAGGGUCUGGUUGGCAGUUCGCUGCCGUACAUUGUCUGCAAAGACGGUUGGAACAAUGUUCACUAUGACACCUCGCACCGGGCCUCGGCAUAA